AUUUACGCCGAGAACGAGCCCUUUCUUGUUUCCAAGCUCUGCAAAUUGCUUAUGAUGGCCAAAGAUAAGGUCAUCUCUGCUGAUAAGCUUGUUCACGUGAAGAGGGAUUUUGGGUUUCCCAAUGAUUUUCUGGUGAAUUUGGUUCAGAAAUACCCAAAUUAUUUCAGGCUUAAGGGUUUGCCUGAACAAGGUAACUCCUUUCUGGAGCUCGUCUCUUGGAACCCUGAUUUCGCCAAGUCUACGAUCGAGCUGAGAGCAGAAGAAGAGACCCUCAAAACCGGUGUCAGGGUUCGCCCCAAUUUCAAUGUGAAGUUGCCGUCUGGGUUUUUCCUGAGGAAGGAGAUGAGAGAGUGGACUAGGGACUGGUUAGAGCAAGACUACAUAUCACCAUAUCAAGAUGUGUCUCAUUUAGACCAAGCGUCUAAGGAAAUGGAGAAACGAACUGUUGGUCUUGUGCACGAGUUGCUCUCUCUGUCUCUGUUGAAAAGGGUCCCUGUCCCUACGCUUGGCAAGUUCUGCGAUGAAUUCAGGUUUUCUAACGCCUUCUCCACUGUUUUCACCCGCCAUUCAGGUAUUUUCUACUUGUCGCUCAAAGGAGGGAUCAAGACUGCUGUGUUGAGAGAAGCUUAUAAAGACGAUGAGCUUGUUGUUAGAGAUCCUUUGCUUGCUAUCAAGGAUAAC